AUGUUUGGCAAAGCACUCUUUUCCUUAUGCUGUGCCUUAUACCUUCUAUCUGGCGGAAGAUGGACAUUUGCCUUAGCUGGUGGUAUCAUAUUGACCUUGGCGUCCACGAAAAAAGCUAACGAAAAGGUAACUUUGCCACAAAAAACCACAAAGAAACCAAGUCCCAUUGUGGCUGUAGAUUUCACUACAACCUCAACAGCAAGAAGUUCUUCUAGAGCUACUCCCAGAACUGCUCCCAGACCCGUUCCCAAGAAGAGAACUCCCAAGAUCUUCAAAGGAUCUCGUCCUUCAGCUCAAGAAGCAGCCCCAACUGAAUCUUCGUUGACAGAAUCUACAAACUUAUCCAAUACCAAAAUCCACAUUUUCUACACAACACUCACGGGAACGUCUCUACGUGUUGCCCAGUCACUCCAGGAGGAGUUGAAGACUCUCAAACUCGAUUUUCAGCCAAAACUCGUCAGUCUUGAUGACGAUGUAGACGACCUCGAAGAAUACUUUUUGAGGUGUCCACCCAACAGUCUUUAUGUUUUGGUCCUUCCCUCAUAUGAGACAGAUUCGCCCAUAGACUACUUCCUAGAACACCUCCGGGAAACCUAUAACGAUUUUAGGGUUGACAAAUACCCAUUACAGAAACUUGUAGGGUACGCUGUUCUCGGGAUGGGAGAUUCGGAAUCUUGGCCAGAAAAGUUUUGUUAUCAGGCUACUAGCGCUGAUAAGUGGCUUGCGAAGCUUGGAGGGCGAAGGGUUUUCCCUUUGGGAAAAAUGUCGAUCAAGCAUAAUGGAGAGGAAAAAGCUCAAGAAUGGAUCAAGCAGUUUGCAAGCUUGGUGGCCGACCCAGAACCGUUUUAUCUUGACCGAGAAAUAGAAGACAGUGAUAACGAGACUGGUAGCGACGAUGCUGAUACUUUGGUGGAUGUGGAGGAUAUGGGUGAUAUUAUACGCAAACUGGGCGAUAAACCUGAAGUCAAGCAAAUGGUAGCCCAGGAUUCUCCAACCUACAAAUCUUUGACCAAGCAAGGCUAUACCAUAGUCGGGUCUCACUCGGGAGUGAAGAUUUGUCGGUGGACCAAGAGUGCAUUGCGUGGAAGAGGUUCAUGCUACAAGUUUGCAUUUUACGGUAUAAGGUCGCAUCUUUGUAUGGAAACCACUCCAUCUUUAGCAUGUUCCAACAAGUGUGUCUUUUGUUGGCGCCAUGGAACAAACCCUGUGGCUAAGCUGACUUGGAGAUGGGAAUUGGAUCCUCCAGAAAAGGUGUUUGAAGGAGCAUUGGAGGGACACUACAAAAAAAUCAAGCAGUUGCGAGGAGUUCCAGGAGUUCAAAUGGACCGGUUUCAAGAAGCAUUUACGGUUCGUCAUUGUGCUCUUUCGCUUGUGGGAGAACCCAUUUUCUAUCCCUACAUCAACGAGCUUGUAGGAAUGCUUCACAAAAACCACAUUUCAUCGUUCUUGGUAUGCAAUGCCCAGCAUCCUGACCAGUUGGCAAAGUUGGCCAAAGUGACCCAAUUAUAUGUCAGUAUUGAUGCUCCCACAAGAACAGACUUGAAGAAGGUGGACCGUCCGCUCAACGCCGAUUUCUGGGAGAGAUUAAUGUCGUGCUUGGAUAUCUUGCGGACGGUUCAGUCGCACCAAAGAACUGUUUUCCGGUUAACUUUGGUCAAAGGUUUCAAUAUGAACGAUGUGGCUUCUUAUGCCGAUAUGGUGGAAAGAGCUCGUCCUUCGCAGAUAGAGAUCAAGGGAGCCACUUUCUGUGGAUCGUCAAAUUCCAAUGGGAACCCACUCACUAUGCAAAAUAUUCCCUUUUACGAAGAGUGCAAAUCGUUUGUCGAAUCUUUGGCACAAGAAUUGCAGUCUCGAGGACUGGACUACCAGAUUGCAGCCGAGCAUGCCCACUCGUGUUGUAUAUUGAUGGCACAUGCCAAAUUCAAGAUCAAUGGGAAAUGGAACACACAUAUCGACUAUCCAAAGUUCUUUGAGUUGCUUGAACUGGGUCAAGAUUUCGUGGAUUUGGAUUAUGUCAAAGAAACCCCAGAAUGGGCACUCUGGGGCUCUGACGAGGCAGGUUUCUUCCCUGACGAUACCAAGUUCGAUAGAAAGGCAGAGAAGUUGCGGCGCCGUUUGGAACGGGAAGAGAUGGAGGCUUGA